ACAAUAAAACAGUCUAUUAUACAGUAAUAAAUGUGAAUCUGACGCUGCCUACGUUUCCCAGCGUGCAGAGCGUUCAAGGCGGAAGUGUCGUCAUGGAGAUGCUUAUAAAGCUGCUUCCCCGGUGGCGCUGCAAGCAGCUGGGUGAACCUGCCGUUGUUACGAUGGGACGGUGACAGAGACCUGGCAGCUCGCUCAGGAAUCUCCUCUAAGAGCUGCUUAUAAAAACCGAAAUGAAAGCCUACGAUUAGCUCGCUCGAACAAUGUAACAACAUUCCUUUAUUUAUUUAUUUUUUGCUGAUUAAGUCUGAUUUUUUUUUUCCUUUUUUCAAUUUCGGAAUUGAAUAUUUUUCUAUAAUAAAUAUGGAACUGGAGCAAAAAAGUUGACCCAGUGGUGUCCUUUGGAUGUCGCAGAGAUCGCUCUUAAAAUCUACCGGGGAUGUCUAACCUCUCUCGGUGGGACGGUGACUGCAGCCGCCGCCGCUAUAGAGGAGCGGAUAACGGAAUUACCUCUAAGACCGAAGAACUGUGACAGUCAACGCCUUCCUCUCCCUCUCUCUGGAAUCUCACACCGCUGAAAACACUGGAUUCUUUACACACUAUUGGUUCAUAGACUGCUUUAGGGGAGAGGAAGAGAGGAACAUGUAGGUCAAAACUGAUGGUGGUUCUUCCUGCUGUUUCCAUGCUUCUUUCUUCACCUCCUCCUCCUCCUUCUCCUCCAGAACUUUGGGCUUUUUUGUGGACUGUGUUCCAAUUCAGUGCGAUGGGCUGCAUCCAGAGCAUCAAGUGUAAGCCCAAGAGUUUCCGAGACAGCGUUAUCGUCCUGGAGCUGAAUGCUUCCAUUGACUCCAACCCCACCAGCAUCGACGAGACGUCAAACGUGGUCCUGCGCUACCGGACGCCGCACUUCCGAGCUCAAGCGCGGCUUCUGGUGCCUCCUAUAGCAACCAAAGAGACAUGGACCAUCGGCUGGAUUCAGGCGUGUAACCAUAUGGAGUUUUACAAUACCUAUGGGGACAAAGGAAUGUCAAGUUGGGAGCUUCCUGACCUGCGAGACAGUAAGAUCCGUGCAAUAAGUGACUCGGAUGGCGUCAACUACCCCUGGUAUGGCAACACAACAGAGACCUUCACCGUGGUGGGGCCCACAAAGAGGGACAGCAAGUUCACAGUUAACAUGAAUGACAAUUUUUACCCCAGUGUCACCUGGGGAGUGCCGGUCAGCGACAGCAACCUGCCACUGCUCAGCAGCAUCCAGCGCAACCAGAGUUUUACCACCUGGCUAGUUGCCAUCAACCAGGCCACCUCAGAGACAGUCGUCCUCCGGACAAUCCGCUGGAGGAUGCGGCUUGACAUUCAUGUGGACCCAGAGAAACCUCUGGGUCAAAGGGCUGUUUUAAAGGAGCCUGUGGCUCAGGAACAGCCUCAAAUAUUGGGCAAGAAUGAACCCAUCCCCCCCAACGCCAUGGUGAAACCCAACGCCAAUGAUGCCCAGGUGCUUAUGUGGCGGCCAAAGAAGGGUGAUCCCGUGGUGGUCAUCCCCCCUAAAUACUAAUCUACUCCUACAGACCAGACUGGCCUUUCAAUCCUCUUGUUUCAUCUCCUAUCUUGUUUUUUUUUACUCUCUUUUCACAGCCUCUCAGUGCUUUAAUCUAUGUUUUUUGUUAUUUUCCCUAUUAUUUUGCCUCUAUAAUCUUCUCAUGUUAGUGGAAAAAAAACCCUAACAAACCAACUGACAUGGAAAGGAGGCUAAUAAAUCCAUAGCAGAGAAAAGGAGCACAUGUUCCCUUCAAGGAAGGAAUUUACUGCAAUUACCUGCAACCAUUCUACCUUCAAACAGAGGUCGGGUCUCACUGUGCUGAAAUGCAAAAAGAACAAAAGCAGUGUUUUCAUUUUGUUUUAACUCUGGCUGGGUGAGGCAGCUGAUGUCAACUGUGGUAGAGGUUAGGCAACAUGUCUGCAAACAUGCUGCUCAAACUGUGUACGAAUACUAGAGGAAUUGUUUUAUAUUAUUAUUUAUAGGCUGGAGGAGAAUGCAUUCAAUUGUGUUUUAUGUUUGGUUAUUUACACAAGGAAUUGCAAUGAGUGACUUUUAAUCUAGUCUUUUUUUUGUAAGAUAUUCUAGACAUUUUAAUCCAUGCUGCCUUAAGUUUACAUUGCUUUCCACUGCAAACAUGUUCGCCUUAAACUUAAGUGCAAUGAAGUUAUUUAGUCCUUUGUCCCAAUUCUUCCACACUCUUGGUGUUGCUGGCAUGUGUGUUUAGGAAACGAACCAGAGCACAGAAGCGAACCGCGUUUUAGUUCCACACGUCUAGAAAACUCCAAUGACAUUACGAGUAGAAACAGUUACACAAUCAAACUAACUCGGCUGGUUGUGUUUCAAGUGGAUUAUGCAACAAAAGAGAAGCUCUGUGAAGUCGUCUGUAGUGCUCAGCACAGUAAACUACAAGAACAUCUGGAGAAAAAUCUAGUGAAAAGCACAGUUGACCUCAUUUUUGUCACUUUAUUCUGCUGAUAAGAACUCCAUCUCAGGGCCUCCGUUUUACUUAUUUACUCUGUCUGCUUUCAUCUGUCUUUUUUCCCAAACUUGUCCUACUGCUGUAUCUCUAUCUAUGGCUUACACUGGACAUAAUGCAGCUUAUCCUUUUUGUUUCUUUAUCAUUUAAAUUGACACUUUCUCUGUGAAAAAAAAGAAAUAUACAAUAGUAUUCUGCUAAUUCUCUUUCUCACGUUAUGUGUUCUCCGCUGUCGAGGCAGUGGGGAAGUUUAAUGCCGACUGCACAGCUGGCAUAUAGAUGACCCACUUCUCUUUUCUGCCAGUCGUAGCUCUCGCUGCAUGCGGGGCCUGUCUCCCUUUAUUUUACCGCCAGCUAGAGUAGCGCAGGCACACAUGCAUGAAUAAAGAGCUCUGGUCAUUUAAAUAUCAGUCCCCCAAAUCUGAAUGCUCCUCUAUCUGGAACACUUUACAAGAAAAUAGAAAUCAGAGUUGAAUUUGAAUUUAGGAAUCCUCCUCCUCCUUCCAGGUACGAAGCCAAUGACAGAUUUUUUUUUCUUUCCCAAUUUUUAUCCCAGCAGACAAAUGAAAUACAUAAAAACUUACCAGUUUAUAAACUGAACCUCAUAUUUAAAUGCAAACCUUGCUACAAACUGAAUGACAAUGGUGACAUUUGCCUCAUAUCAGUAUUCUAGAUCGGAAACUGCAGUUGGAAACUCCAGCCAGAAAAAAAAAAAAAUCCCUCUGGUAUUGUCUAAAAAAAAAACAUCUGCCACUGUCUUUGAAGCUUAACGUUUGAGCCAUUUUAUUUUAUUUGCAUAACAUGCAAAAAUAGAAACAUAGCUUGCUUUAAUAUAAAGCUGGACUAAAGCUGGUACCUCUGCCUGACAGAGGGGAGAGGCUUGACCCCACCCACUGUGACCCUGAACAGGAUAAAACUGGAAAUAAAAAAUUCUUAAGGAUAAUACAAAAUUCUGAAAACCUGUCUGAAAUUUUUCC